AUGGCUUCCGCCGCGCUUUCGCCGCCGCCCCCCUUUCUCGCCGCCCCGGGCACUCCAGCCAUACCAUGGACCCGCUGGAUACGCCUCUUCGAGAAUUUUCUUCUCGCGUCUGGAGCGGCCGACCUGCCUGCGCCCCGCCGUCGAGCCCUGCUGUUGCACUGCCUGGGCCCGGAAGGACAACGUAUUUUCGAUGCGCUUCCACCGACGCCCACCGCACCCCAGCUACCGACGACUGAGCCGUUGGCCGCCGCCGCUACCUCAACCGGUGAAGUCAAAGACCGUGGCGCGCCCUCCAAGCAAGAAGCAGCAGCGACGAGUCUCCCAGACGUAUACGACGCGGCCCGCGAGAUUCUGGAACGACAUUUCACCGGCGCGCGCAACAUUCGCCUAGAACGACAUCACUUCCGAGAGCGCCGUCAGCUACAUGACAAGCGCAAGGGCGUCUACAUUGAUGUCGUAGUCACGCCAGUCGCCUCGAGCUCAGAACCGCGCGUUGCUAAGUUCUUGGUCGACACGGGAUCAGCUGUGUCAAUUAUACGGGAACAAGAAUUUCGAAACAUGUUUGAAGGGGUUCAGUUGACCAGCUCUGCCCUUACAUUGUUGGACUUCCAACGCCGGAAGAUCCCCGUACUGGGCCAGUUUAAAGCAAGCAUCUCGUUUAAAAGGGAAACAGCCGUGAUAGCCAUUCAUGUCACCCCCGGAGGAACUUCUCUUCUGGGUCUGGACGCGGUGCAAGCUUUAGGACUGCACAUUGUGGGCGCGCAGCUACGCUGCCUGUGCACGGCUGCCGAAGCUUCAGAGACCAUGAGUCAGAAAACAGCAACAUCUGCGCAUACGGGCGGCGCAGUUCCUGCAAGCCCGCCGAAGUUCGAUAUGCCACCUCUGUUAUGGGCUAAGUUUUCACAUUUGUUUUCACCGGGCCUUGGCCUGGCCAAAGGCGUCCAGCAUCAGGUCAAAAUGAAGCCGUCAGUCCCUCCAGUGGUGCAGAAGCUGAGACGCCUCCCACUUUCCCUGCGCAAGCCAGUUAGCGACCAGCUUCAGCGGCUCCUCUCCGAUGAUGUAAUUGAAAGGGCUAACGCCUCUGAAUGGAUCUCUCCUAUAGUUGUCGUCCGCAAGAAAGAUGACAGCAUCCGCCUAUGCGUUGACCUCAGAGAGCCCAACAAAGCAAUUGUAGUUGAUAGCUUUCCCCUGCCUCAUACGGAAGAGCUGCUGCACUCUCUUAAUGGUGCACGUUACUUCUCAAAGCUCGACUUGGCCUCUGCAUAUUACCAAGUUACCCUUCAUCCGGACAGCAGAGACCUUACGGCUUUCAUUACGCACGACGGCCUUUUCCGGUUUAAAAGAGUGUGCUUCGGAUUGGCGUCUGCUCCAGCCGCAUUUCAGCAACUCAUGACUGCAAUCCUGCAUGGUUGCAAGGGGGUCCUCUGCUACAUAGACGAUAUCAUCAUCUUCGGCAGGACAGAGUCAGAGCAUGUGAGAAACCUGGAGCAAGUUCUGCUGCGCAUCUCCGAAGCUGGACUCAAACUCAAUGAUAAGUGCAUCUUUAAUGCAUCAGAGCUAUCAUUUCUUGGCCAUCAUGUCAGCGCAGAAGGAGUAGCACCCCUUCAAGCAAAAGUUGACGCAAUUGUACAUGCUUCCACCCCCACAGAUGUAGGCAUGCUGCGUUCAUUUCUUGGUCUUGUGGAGUAUUAUGCCAAGUUUAUUCCCAACCUUGCCGAAGAGGUAGAACCUAUGCGUAGGCUACUUCGCAAGGACGUUCAUUUUGAAUGGGAUCUUGCUGCUGAACAAAGCUUUACAAAGGUAAAGGAACUUCUUGCAUCGAGAAGAGUUCUGCGAAUGUUCGACCCAGCGCUCCCAGUUAUUGUAGCCACAGACGCGUCUGCAUAUGGCCUGGGUGCAGUACUGCAACAAGUUGACGGUCCAUCCAUUCGAACCGUUGCAUUCGCAUCACGAACCCUAACAGAGACAGAACGGAAGUACUCGACAGGAGAACGCGAGGCCCUGGCCUGUCUAUGGGCAUGCGAGAAAUGGCACAUUUACCUCUGGGGACGAUCAUUCACUUUGGUAACAGAUCACCAGGCCCUCGUAUCCUUGCUGUCAACACAAAGCACAGGACAACGACCACUUCGCAUUGCAAGGUGGACUGCUCGGUUGCUGCGUUACAACUUCGUUGUACAGUUCCGGCGUGGGGAACACAACAAAGUAGCAGACGCUUUGUCCCGGCUUCCUGUCCCAGGCACAGAAGACGGCCUUAAGAUUGAAGAAGAAAUAGUGUCCAUCGUAACGUCUUCAGUCCAUAUCAAUGAUCUCCGUAUUGCCACAGCCGAGGAUUGCAAGCUCCAGCAGGUUGCACAAUGCGUUCAGGCUACAUGGCCAACCAAGAAAACAUUGUCACCUGAACUAAGACCUUACUAUGAUGUGCGAGAGGAACUGUCAGUAGUGGACGGCCUGUUGAUGCGCUCAGAACGCGUUGUAGUUCCAGCCAAGCUCACAGCUACAUUUGUUCAACUAGCCCAUGAAUCACACCCGGGAAUAGUGAAGACAAAGCAACGUCUUCGCGAAAAGUACUGGUGGCCAGGUCUGGACAAGCAGGUUGAGAGUGCUAUCCACAGCUGCGCAACCUGCCAAGCUGCAGACAAGAGUGUUAAGAGCUACCCCACUCCACUGCAGCCAGAAGCUCUUCCCGACCGGCCUUGGAGCAAGAUAGCUAUUGAUGUUGUUGGGCCAUUUGAGCGUGCAUCAGCUGACUGUCGUUUUGUCAUCUCUGUAGUCGAUUACUUCUCAAAGUGGCCGGAAAUAGCUUUCUGUCGUGAAGCCUCCUCCCGUACAGUGCUUGACUUCCUCUUGUCGAUAUUUGCACGGGAAGGCUAUCCGGUUGAACUCGUCUCGGAUCACGGACCACAGUUUACAUCUCAAGAAUUCGAGUCCUUUCUUCAAGACAGAGGUAUCAGGCACAGCUUUUCGGCUGUAUAUCACCCCCAAGCCAACGGACAGGUCGAAAGGUUUAACCGUGUCCUCAAAUCAUACAUUCAGUUGGCAAUACUGGAGCAGCGCCCAAUAAAAAAUACUGUUACAGAGUACUUGGGAAUCUACAGAGCCACUCCUCACAGUACCACUGGACUCUCUCCGGCAGUGCUUCUACAUAGCCGGCACAUGAGGACAUCCUUGGACGUCAUUGGCUACCCCACUGCAAACUUCUUCGCAGAUCCCGCUCAGGAGAUGUCCUCACUUCGGAAGAGGGUGAAAGAGCGCCAGCUUAAAAGCAAGGAUUAUGUUGACCGACGGAGAGCUGCCCGAGUACCCAAGUUCCAAGUUGGAAAGUACGUGAGGGUCAAGAAGCCAGUCCCUGGUCCGAAAGGCACUCCCACUUUUGGACCUCCUUUGAAAAUUCUCAAGCGAAUAGGACGCUGGUCCUUCUGCCUGGAAGAUGGUCGCACGUGGAAUGCCUCUCAAUUGACUGCAGUUCCCAAGGAAGCCCUGCCGCACCAUGCGCUAAUAUGGAAUGACAAAGGACACUCCCACGACACCGUGCGAAGUCCACCGACGCCUGGCAGACCGACUCUCUCCUCUGACCUUCACCAGCACCCUGCUCCUAAUGAUGAUGAUCGUGAUGUCGCGCCGUGUUGCCGACACUACAACGAGCCUAGCUGA